UAACAGAGCGAACACGGCUAACUGAGCUAACAUCAUGCUAACCUCCAUUCUCUGCGGACAGUACCGGCUAAAAGCUAAGCUAACGUUAGCCGGAGAGUCGCAGUAAACAGCUGCCGUGUUGUUAAACAGCAGCUAAUAAACUGAUAAACUGAUCGAUCACUGAAGUGCGUCGCUUCGUGCUGCAGCCUUCACCUGUCAGCUGGCCUGCUGACUCACUGAGCGUGCUCAGUUGGGGGGUUCCCCUCCACACACACACAGACCUUUUCUAACACACACACACACGGUUAGUUGACCGCCAUCAUGGUCUUAGCCGACCUCGGAAGAAAGAUCACUUCGGCGCUGAGGUCACUCAGCAAUGCCACCAUCAUCAAUGAAGAGGUGUUGAACGCCAUGUUGAAGGAGGUUUGUGCCGCUCUGCUGGAGGCCGACGUCAACAUCAAGCUGGUCAAACAGCUGAGAGAGAACGUCAAGUCUGCCAUCGAUCUGGAGGAGAUGGCUUCAGGUCUGAACAAGAGGAGGAUGAUCCAGCACGCCGUCUUCAAGGAGCUUGUCAAGCUGGUGGACCCCGGUGUGAAGGCCUGGACUCCCACUAAAGGAAAGAACAACGUCAUCAUGUUUGUUGGUCUGCAGGGCAGCGGGAAAACUACAACCUGCUCCAAGCUGGCCUAUUACUACCAGAGGAAAGGCUGGAAGACCUGCCUGAUCUGUGCCGACACCUUCAGAGCAGGUGCCUUUGAUCAGCUGAAACAGAACGCUACCAAAGCCAGAAUCCCGUUCUACGGCAGCUACACGGAGAUGGACCCGGUGGUGAUUGCAGCGGAGGGUGUGGAGAAGUUCAAGGCGGAGAACUUUGAGAUCAUCAUCGUGGACACCAGUGGUCGCCACAAACAGGAAGACUCGCUGUUCGAGGAGAUGCUGCAGGUGUCCAAUGCUGUGCAACCAGACAACAUCGUGUACGUGAUGGACGCGUCCAUCGGGCAGGCGUGCGAGGCGCAGGCCAAGGCCUUCAAGGACAAGGUGGACGUGGCGUCGGUGAUCGUCACCAAGCUGGACGGGCAUGCCAAAGGGGGAGGAGCUCUGAGCGCCGUGGCGGCCACCAGGAGUCCCAUCAUCUUCAUCGGAACCGGAGAACACAUUGACGACUUCGAGCCGUUCAAGACGCAACCAUUCAUCAGCAAGCUGCUGGGGAUGGGAGACAUCGAGGGUCUGAUCGACAGAGUCAACGAGCUGAAAUUGGACGACAACGAGGAGCUCAUCGACAAACUCAAACACGGUCAGUUCACCCUCAGAGACAUGUACGAACAGUUCCAGAACAUCAUGAAGAUGGGCCCCUUCGGCCAGAUCAUGGGGAUGAUUCCGGGCUUUGGGACAGAUUUCAUGAGCAAAGGAAACGAACAGGAAUCUAUGGCCAGACUGAAGAAACUGAUGACCAUCAUGGACAGCAUGAACGACCAGGAGCUGGACAGUAAGGACGGGGCCAAGCUGUUCAGUAAGCAGCCUAACAGGAUCCAGCGGGUGGCUCGGGGUUCUGGCGUGGCCACCAGAGACGUCCAGGAGCUGCUGACCCAGUACACCAAGUUCGCCCAGAUGGUGAAGAAGAUGGGCGGCAUCAAGGGACUCUUCAAAGGAGGAGACAUGUCCAAGAACGUGAAUCCGUCUCAGAUGGCCAAACUCAACCAGCAGAUGGCCAAAAUGAUGGACCCCCGAGUUCUGCACCACAUGGGUGGGAUGGCGGGGCUCCAGUCGAUGAUGCGUCAGUUCCAACAGGGCGCCGCUGGCAACAUGAAAGGCAUGAUGGGAUUCAACAACAUGUGACCAGCGACAAUCAGCUGCCUUACCACGUAAACUGUUAAAGCCCCGCCUCCUGGCAGGUACAGGUGGACGGGGGCGGGGCUUAGAGAGAGCAGGAAGUGUAAAGAGACAAAAUAAAAGCAGGAUCUUUGAAUCUGAUGUCGCCUGCUGCUUUUAGAGAAACACCAGAAGAAGAAAGUGAUUUAAAGGAGCAGUGUGUGUGUAAAAUGUGUCACUGCUCCUUUAAACGCUGCUGAGCUUUAAUUUAACCUGUAAACAUGUUUGUGUAUAAGAGUUAACCGGGAGGGGACGGGCCGUCCUGAUUGGACCAGGAGAGGCCACAAGGCCGAAGAAGAUGGUGAUGGUGACGUUAGUUAGUGACAGUAUUUUUGUCAUAAUAAACAUUUGUAUUUCACCAUUUUAAA